CUUCAACUAGAGACUCAUAACAAAACAAAAUAGCUAAGAAACAAGAAACAGAAGUAGAUCAAAAACUUUUGAUUUUCCCUAAAUCAUUUUGGAAAGCACACAUUCUUUUAAAGUUUGUAACCAGAAACUCAUAGCUCUUGGAAAUCUAUAUGUUUCAUCUUCUUUGUUAAAAGGGUUUUAUCUCUACCCAUAACAUUUAGGUAUGCAGCUGCGUGUUGAAGAUGGCCUCACCAAUGAAGGGUCUAUUAAAAGGGUUGAGGUACAUUGCUCGUAUCUUCGAGGUUGAGAAGGAACCAGAGAUGCAAAUUGGACAACCAACAGAUGUCAAACAUGUUGCUCAUAUAGGAUGGGAAGGGCCUUCUGCUACGACCCCAAGCUGGAUGCAUGACUAUAAGUCUCCCGAGGAUGAAGCAAAAGGAAGUUCCAACAAGAAACCUGCGAGUUCCGGGGAGAGGAAAAAGAACAAAGGGAGGCGUAAAUCAUCUACAAGCACAAACUCACCUGCAGAGUCUCCAGCAAGGCCAAGACGCAGCACGGGUAAACAAAGAGAGCAAAGUACGGGUUCAGGGUCGGAGUCAGGUUCAGGGUUAGACUUACCUCAACAGAACGAUCAGUCUGUGGUACAGAAAACCCCGAGGCAGAAAAAAUCAAAAGGAACAACAGCAGUAAGAGGAGGAGGCGGUGAACCUCCUCUGCCUGUUGCACCUGUAGAGUCAUAGGAAACAGAUAUAUCCGUGCGGGCGGUUUAUCCUUGUGUGGGUCUAGAAAGCUCUACAGGAAGAUGAGGGAUGAGAUA